ACACCCGGAUAAUCCUGUUUGACACGGGAAGUCAGUUCCCAAAGCGUGUCUCGAGACCGAACAACAUGAAGCGGCGUCUCAAAUCGUCCAUUUUCCUUGCCGUUCUCGUCUACAUCGCCUCGGCAGACGAAGCCGACGAACCCGUCAAUCUCAAUCGCUACACUCAAACGCCCGACGUCGAGCCGGCCUAUUGCUCUGCAACUGAGCAUCUCUGUCCGACCUACGUGUCGCCCGACCGCACGUGUUGGGGAUACGAGGACGACUGCAGCGAAAGUCGACGCUUUUCUCGCCCGCAUUGCGAGCCGCCGCCGCAGCCGUGGGCAAAGACAAUGGAAGAGAAAGUCGAGAAGUUCUGGACGACGGCGGAUUUUGGAUACGUCAAGACGUUCAAGGAAGAACUGAAGACGUACUGCAAGUCAAAGAAGAAGGGAGGGUCGAGCCUCAAGUGUUCGACCAACCUGCGCUACUGCCGUGCUCGACAUAUCUAUAUCGACUUCCGGGCAAUCAAGUUUGAAGACUCCAAAGAGAGAUUUAGAGAAAAUGUGUUCAAGGAGGGAGAUAUUGGAGGGUUUUGUGACAUGAACAAAGAAUCAUUGAGUCGUCAGGGUGGGCACAAGAGUGCAUUGCAGUCGUGGUUUGCGGAGCUGGAAAUGUUCACCUCAUUGUCAUUCAAGCCAAACAACAAGAAGCAUUGUGAUGUCAUUCUCACCCGGCCGGUCGUUUUCAUGAAGCUCGAUGCCGGCAUAAACAUGUUCCAUCAUUUCUGUGAUUUCGUGAAUUUGUACGCGUCGCAGCAUCUCAACGGAUCGUUCUCACGAGACAUUGAUAUCAUCAUGUGGGACACGUCAGAGAUGGGUUACGGAGAUUUCUUCGAGGACACGUGGAAAGUCUUCACUCAACACGGUGAACGACCGAAGAGAAUAUCCGACUACAAAGGAAAACGAGUGUGUGCCCAAGAUGCCAUGUUCCCUCUCCUCCCUCGUCAGCGUCUCGGUCUCUAUUACAACAUGCCUGUCGUUGCCGGUUGCAGUGCAAGCGGUCUGUUCAAGGCGUUUUGUGAUCACGUGAUCCGCAGACUAGGGAUCGAACAGAACGGUCCGACCCAUCAGAUUCGGGUCACACUCCUGGAUCGCAAUUCGAAAUUCCGACGAAUAUUGAAUCAAAACGAGCUCGUCACACGGUUGAAGACGAUCGGCGAAUACAACGUCACCGUGGUCGAAUACGAUUGGAGAAAAAUGACGUUUAUUCAGCAGCUUCGCUACACGUAUAACUCGGAUGUAUUCAUAUGCAUGCACGGUGCCGGUCUGGCACACGGACUCUUUCUACCUGAUUGGGCCACACUGUUUGAGCUCUACAACUGCGAUGACAAAAACUGUUACUACGACCUCGCUCGACUUCGUGGAGUGAACUACGUCACGUGGGAGAAGUCAGACAAGGUUUACCCUCAAGACGAGGGCAAACAUCCACAAACAGGCGGCCCUCAUGCCAAGUUUACAAACUACUCUUUCGAUGUCGACGAAUUCUUGAGACUCGUCGACAAAGCCGCUGACAUGGUGAAGAAACGACUCGGACGUGAUUGAUAUUUGAUGAUUUUUAGGUCAACAAGCUACGAAUUAAAUUAUUGGUUGAUGAUUUUAUAAUCUCUGAUGUAUUCAAUGGGUGUGUUGCAUACAGUUGAGUGUGGCAAGA